AUGAAAAGACCCGCAGAGUCUGCCCCUCCCCAUACAGUACGUCGAACCGAUAGACUACCACACCGCUCCAAAACAUCAUCUUCCUCCUCCUCAUUAUCAUUACUUGUAGAGCCCACGCAGUUGUUAUUUCCCCCGCCCCAUCGUGAGAGGGCCGUGCAGAAUAUUGUGCUCCUCUCCAACAUUGGGAAACUGCCGUGUGUGUUUAAAAUUAAGGCCCUCACACCAGAGCGAUAUUACACAAAACCGAAUAUUGGAGUUGUUUUCCCCGCAGAGGCCGUACGUGUGCGGUUUAUUCUCCGCCCGCAAGUGAAGGAUCUCCCGGCCAAUACACACGACCGAUUUCGAUUAUUUGUGCAGACAGUUCCCUCCAGUUGGCUUGUGCGGAAACCACAAGGGAUGAGUGAGUCGAAACUGAAAGAACUGUGGAAUGAACUCGGCGGGGAUGCGGCCCCAACACUUAUACUUAAGCGGGAUUUGAUGUGUUCCUUCAGCAGUGAUUUCCCCGUGCCGGUGGGAGCGCAGAUCACUGUGUUGGAUCCCGCGGCGGUGGGGCUGGACACUCCCAGUCCACGUGGAAAUACAGGAGAUUUCGCUUCCAUUGAAAGGGGAAAAGAUAGCAAGAAUAGAGAAGAUGAGGAUGAGGAUGAAAAGAAAAAGAAUACUAAUAAUAGUAACGAUAGACAACAGCAGAAGGAUGGGAAGUUAAUACAACCUAUGGGGGCGAUAACAGAUAAGAAUAGUCAUACUAUGAGGAGUAGAGGGAAUAGUAAGAGUAGUAACCAUCCUAAUAGUGAGAAUACAAGGAUGAAACAGACAUUAGAGAAAGUUGGGGAUAAGGAGAAGGAUUACACGACCAUUACAACAGAAGAUAGUAAAAUGAACGAUAAUAGUAGAAAUGGAAUUAAAAAAAAAUCAAAAGGCGGUUCUGAAAAAGUUGGUUACUCAUUCCGGUUAUCUGUUGUUAUACUGCUUAUGCUUCUUGCGUACGGUGCAGGUUUAUGGAUUAGUUUUAUUAUUGAUAAUAAUAUUAAGAAACACUCUAAUUUCUCUUCAUCUCCAGCAGCCCCAUCACUGGGAACAGCACCAAAAACAGUAUGA